AUUAUUUAUUUGACUUCUAUGCAAUUGCCCCCCUAACCACAAAUAGUUUCCCUUCAAAACCCCCUAAUCUUACAUAUAAAGAAGCUGAAUCCAUCUGCCCUAAAUGCACACACUCUCAAAAAUGACCAUAACCACUUUGAGUACCGACAUCAUCCAGGCCCACAUCCUGACCCGACUCGACGGCCCAUCUCUCGCUGCUCUCUCCUGCGCCUCGUCGGAGUUGCGCGCUGUCUCUGCCGACGAAGAAUUGUGGCGAGAGAUCUGUGCAGCUACGUGGAACUCCAUCGGCAACUCUCGUGUUCGCCAGCUCAUCUCUAGUUUCCCAGGCGGUCACCGCUCCUUCUUCUUAGAUUCCUUCCCACUUCUCGAUCACCACCAAAACUAUCCGUUAUCAGACCAGAAUCAUCAUUAUUAUCAAGAUCGCUCGCCGGGGCCGUCGGAUUUGAUAUCGGCCGUGGAUAUCUACUACAACGACAAGAUCAUAUUCUCCAGAGUUCAAGAAACAAACACGACGACUAGGAAUUUCCUUUGUUACCCCUUCAAGGUUGAUUUACAAGUUCCCAAAUCACCGAUUUCGAUUCCGAUUCAAGACCGUGGAGAAAUCGAUUGUUUGGUUGAACAUCUGAAGGAGAAAUUGAGCUUGAGUUGGAUCGUAAUCGAUCCGAUUGUGAAACGGGCGGCCAAUCUGUCCUCGGGAACACCAGUCUCGAUCGAUUGGCCUUGCAGUACGGCCGGCGACGUGCAGCUAUUUUAUUCGACGAUCAUCGCAGAUCGACGGUUGGGACUGGAAUCGUCGGAGUUCGUGGAGUGCAGGGUGGUGAUCACGUGCAGCGGGGUCUACGAGGGCGAGAUGCAGGUGGAUGACGUAAGCAUGGAGAUAGUAGACUUCGAGGAAAGGGGGUUUGACGGACGGGCUAGUUUGGUCAUUUUACAAAACGCUAUGCGGAGCGGUCGGCGGAAGUUGAAGAAGAGCAAGAGAGCGGAAGAGGUGGAGAGAUACGAGGAGUUCGAGAAGAGAAAGAGCGAAAAGAACGAGAUGAAGCCGAGAAGAGAGAAAUUGAUGUACAUGGUUAGUGUUUCGCUGGUGACUUGUGUCGCUCUGUGGGCCAGCCUCUUCCUAUUUCUCGCGCUUUACUUGCGUUUUCAGGCAGCCAAAGUUUGCACUAAAAUUCGGAAGUAUUGUUGGUUUAAUAGUGCAAAUACUAUGUAAUAGCUUAGAAAUAGAAGAUACAUAGGUCAAUAAUAAUUCCAUUUAUGUUUCUGAUUAGUAGAAUUAUGUGCCUUUGCCCAUGUAAAUUUCGAAUAUAUUUAAAUAAUUUUUAUGUCGA